CGCCUUCCCAUAUCUCCCUUUCUCUUUCAAGCUCCAUCUUUAAUUUGGUCUUCUUCUCUCGUUUAGUCUUCUCACAGUUUCUUCAUUUAUUUAUGGACAGAGGAUGGGGGCUUACCCUUGGUAAUACUGACCCUGUAUCUAGUUUCUUCCCCAACAAAACCAAUUCCGCCUCCGCCGGACCUUUCUUCAGGUUAAAGCAGCAGCAGCCGGACAUGUUUCAGUUCCCUGUUAGCCUUGCUAGCUCCAGGGAGGACCACCGUGGAACCUCCUCACCUGCUUCUGCUGACAACCAGCAGGUGGUUGAUGAAGUCGAUUUUUUCUCCGAUAAGAAACACAGGGUUGUUGAUGAUAACAAAAUCGGUACUACUGUCACCGUCAAGACGGAAAUUUCUCAUGGUGGAGGCGGUCCAGCCUCUGGUCAUUUGGAUACUGGGUUGCAUCUUCACACGAUUGAUGGCGGGGAAUCAUCGGGCACGGAAGAUAAGCGAGCAAAGAAUGAGCUGGCGGAAUUACAAGUGAAGUUCAAAAGUAUGCUUGCUGAAAACCAGAAGUUAAGAAACAUGAUCAGUCAUGUCAGCAACAACUACACUGCUCUCCAGAUGCACCUUGUGACCUUAAUGAAACAGCAAAGAAAUCAGGGAGUCAAAACCACCCAUGAACAUGAGAUUCAAGAAGUAAAGUCGGAAGUGAAGAAAGAUGAGGUGAUGGUGUCUAGACAAUUUCUGGAUCUAGUCCCAUAUUCUGGCACCAACGAAGCAGAUGAGAAGUCACAUCCUUCAUCAGAAGAAAGAAUGCGUUCAGGGUCUCCUCCAAACAACCUGGAAGUUGCAUCCAAGAAUUAUAUCAAAGGAAAAAAUGGGAUUUUUGAGUUUAACCUGGAGGGUUCUGGUUUGCGGGAUGGCAAGACAAUUGAUAGAGAAGAAAGUCCGGAAUCUGAUAACCGGGGUCCUAACAAAGCCCAAAAGAUGAAUCCUGAAAAGCCUAUUGAACAAUCUACGGAUGCUACCAUGAGGAAAGCUCGUGUUUCUGUUCGAGCUCGAUCCGAAGCUGCCAUGAUCAGUGAUGGAUGCCAAUGGAGAAAAUACGGACAAAAAAUGGCAAAAGGAAACCCCUGCCCUCGAGCUUAUUAUCGAUGCACCAUGUCAGUUGGUUGUCCUGUCCGAAAACAAGUUCAACGUUGCGCUGAAGAUAGAACAAUCUUGAUAACAACUUACGAGGGCAACCACAAUCACCCACUUCCACCUGCUGCCAUGGCAAUGGCGUCAAUAACAUCAGCAGCUGCUAGCAUGUUGCUUUCCGGGUCAAUGCCUAGUGUAGAUGGGAUCAUGAACUCAAAUUUGCUAGCGAGGACAAUCCUUCCAUCAUGCUCUUCGAGCAUGGCAACGAUUUCAGCUUCGGCUCCAUUCCCAACUGUAACAUUGGACCUUACUCAAUCACCAAGCCCUCUACAACUCCAAAGACCACCUCCCCAAAACUUAGCGUCAAUUUCAGCCCCUCGAUUGCCUCAAGUUUUUGGUCAAGCACCUGAUAAUCAGUCAAAAUUCUCAGGCCUACAGUUGUCUUCACAGUUAGGCCACCAAGUUCUUCAUCCACAACCGCAGCAGCCUCAGCAUCCCACGCUUGCUGACAAAGUAAGCGCCGCCACGGCUGCCAUCACGAAUGAUCCGAGCUUCACUGCCGCCCUCGCAGCUGCCAUCACCUCCAUCAUUGGUGGUGCUCACCCAAAUAAUAGUAGCAGCAACACCAACAACAAUAAAAAGUAAUGCCAACAGUCCACCACCAUUCACCUUUCACCACAAGCAGCAUAAGAUAGAUCAGUAGGUUCCCCCCCCCCCGGAUAUUACUUAGAAACGACUUUUUUGUUAAACCCAUUUCCCCCUCCUUUUUGUUUUUAAUGUUCUUUAAUUGGGGGAUGCGAUGGAGAUUACAUGUUUAUAAAUUUCUUGU